AUGAAAAAAGAUCUAGGAAUCUCUUGUUGGGUUUCAGGGUAUCACUCUGGAUUCUGGAAGCCUGAGAGGAAGCUUCUGCAUAAUCUAUCUACAGAGGAUGUCAAAUUGGUUUUGAAGAAGUUUGUUUCUUCCAAUACACCUGCAAAUCAUGGUGCACGAGCUGAUUGCAUUUUUGUGUCGGGUUUAUGGUGGUUCUUUUGGAAUUUUAGCACAGUUCUUGGGGCUCAAGGCAUGGAAUCUGUUCUAAAUGGAAAGAGUUCAGGUGCUGCCAUCAAACUUGUUGAUCUUGCCCGUGUUGAAGGGGCUUGCUCUUUAAUAAUGUUCAUCUGA